CGAGACGGUCCUGGUCAGCGCCGACCUCCAGAUGACGACCAUCAACCUGGAUGGGUUUGGCGACGCCGCUGCAGGAAGUUGGCACGACGCUGAGCGCAAGACCGACGCCGCCGUUGCCUGAUUCCCCCUUUUCUCGAUGCCCUCCCCUACGUGCUCUUGCAAGCCCACACCACGGAUACCCAUCAGUCAUGCCACUUCUCAUUCCAUAUCAGCCUCGGAACCACAUGCACGAGCUGGCCCGCGAGAUGUGCAAUCGCCAGACGCCCAUUGGCGCUCUGCCCUCUCCCUGCUCGCUGCCUGAUGCGCAUAAUCCUGGGAACCGCGCUCGGUGCUGGUCGGGCCACUGCUUUUUGUUGAAUGAAACACGCGGCUGUAUUUGCAGUACAGAUCCCAACAAAACGGGCAGCAGCCAAUCAGCGCUCGAGCUGGCGUCUUGUUUUUUAGUGUUUACAUGGCGAUACCAAGUUUCCGUACAUGUAUCAGCAGAAAUGUACUAUAAGAUGGUAAUAUCAAUACUCUAUCUUAUCGCAAAAUUUUGUGACUAAGCAGGUGCCUGUACCUUAACUUUAGCGGAGCGGGAAGGCGGUGAAGGGG